AUGAAAAUCGUCAUCAUCGGCGCUGGCAUUGCAGGAUGCACAGCUUACCUCGAGCUUCGAAAACACAUACCAGAAAUUUCGUCUAUAACGAUAUACGAGGCACACGAUACCAACAAAGACACGGAUGCUCAUCAACGCGAAUCAGGCGGUACACAUUCAUCCACCCUGCUUGUCGGCGGCGGACUAGGCAUUGCGCCAAAUGGCCUGGGUGUCCUGCAACGUCUUGAUGAGGACCUCCUUCGAGACGUUACACGCAGCGGCUAUGUCACCUCGCACUCCAACUUGAAGGACAAGAAUGGAAAUGUACUCAUGCGCAUCGAACCUAACGGGCCAAACCAUGACAAAGAUGCUGGUCCUGCUGCGCAUAUGCAUACCGUGGCAUGCAGUCGUCAUUUGCUUUGGCAGAGUCUGCGCAGUCGUAUCCCGGACGAACAAAUUAUCAACAAACGAGUGCUGGACGUUACCGCCAACGCUGACGGCAGAAAUACUGUUCGCUUCGUUGAUGGUAGUGAUCCCGUCGAAGCUGAUCUGAUCAUCGGGGCGGAUGGAGUCCGAUCCAUUGCGAAGAGGGCUCUCUUCCCAGAAUCUGGAGAAGACUUAUAUCCCCCGAAGUAUGAAGGUCUUGUCGGCAUUGGCGGGUUUGUCAGCGCCGCAGACGUUAAAUAUUGUGUCGACAAAGGAUCCAUGAACUUCAUUUUUGGAGGAAAUGGCUUUUUCGGCUACUUCUUCUCCGACAGCUGCUCCUCCGAUCCUCAACGUGACUCACCCUUUCACGUCUCGGAGCCGGGCGAUUCCCUCGCCUGGUGGUCCACCUAUGAGAUCAAGGACUGUCCCGACGGCAAAUGCAUUGACGUCGACGAUGUGGUUUCUCAGCUCCGUGACAGACAUUCCCAGUGGAAAGACCCCGUGGUCCAAAGGAUCCUCAAAUCUCUUACAGUCCAAAACAUGUAUCCGACGUGGACCUCGCCGCAGCUUCCAACAUGGGAGCGUCAUGGGGUUGUCUUGCUCGGAGAUGCUGCGCAUGCUCUCCCCCCAACGUCAGGCCAAGGUACAUCACAGGCAUUCGAGGACUGCGAGGCAUUUGCUCUCUUGUUAGCUCGUCACCUUGGAAAAAGGAAUGAGGGACAUUACUCGACUGAGCAAGCGGCAUUGAAACAGGCAAUCAGCAGAGCUGGGAAGCAGUAUGUGGCUCUGCGCCAGCCACGCGUGAACGAAAUUCUGAAAGCUGCACAGAAGAUGCAAAACUCUAAGCGCAAUAUGGGAGUCAUCCAAGAGUAUGCAAUGUACGCUUUCAUGAAAGUUUUCGGAUUGUUUCCCAGUCUCUUCACAAAGUCAAUUCGCAAAGUGGCUGAGUAUAAUAUUGCUGAAGAGGUGUCCCGUGUGCUCUCAUUGGAACACUGA